AUGGUCACUGGCAAUGUAUCAGUUGCCAACAACAACAACAACAAUGUAGUUGAUAAUAAUAAUAAUAGAACAAGGAACAAUGAGUCAUUGGUAAUGGCAGAAGACACUCCAAUAUCAUCACCUCCAACAAUCCAACAACAACAAUCAAACAACAAUGAAAAGACACCUACUACCCAAAGGAGUGAAGGUGGUGGAUCUUUGGGCAAGAAGUAUACUCAUUCUCCGGAGAUGAUUGGAAGGAGUGGACACUUGGAAGAGAUGGACAACAAACCAAAGACAAACAACAUUCAGGGCCGAGCCACCGAUGAUGAUAUCUCGGACGAUCGCUAUAUUGAAGAGAGUCUGGUUAACCUGGCCAAUGAUGACCCUAAUGUCGCACCAGGCCGUGAGAACUCCAAGAUCUUUAUUCCAUCAAGCCAAAGACAGUCGGGCAAUCAAUCCUUGCCCCUUACACCAUCCACUACCAAGGCUACGUCAGUCGCCCAGGAGGAAGACUUGGUACCAUCGGGGAACAAUGUAAUGGGACGUCCAUCAACACCACAUCAUCCACAGUCACCAUAUAAGAACAAUGUCCAAUAUACAUCUGCACAGCAACAACAACAGCAACAACAAAUGCAGUUGCAACAACAAUUACUACUACAACAACAGCAACAACAGAUACCACCUCCAAAUGGAAACAGAGGAAGAAAGCGAACCCAGUCAUUGGAUGAGAAGGGGCUGGCUCUCCAAGCAGCUGCCGCAGCUGCUGGUCCAAAGGGGACGGGUGUCAUUUACCCUCCUGGCGUCCAACAGCAACAACAACAGCAACAACAACAUAAUUCCAAUGUUAUGAAGGGUAGUGCCAGUGACAAGAUGUUCUUACAAUAUAGUAUGCAAUCAGCUCCAACCCAACAGCAGCAACAACAGCAACAGCAACAUAUGCAAUCAAUGUUCCCCAGCAAUAAUAAUGGCAGUAUGGAGGACUUUGAAAGAAGGCGCAGGAAUCAACUUCAACAAGAACAACAAAUGCUUCUGCUUCACCAACAACAGCAGCAACAGCAACAACAACAGCUUCAGCAACAGCAACAGCAGCAACAGCAACAACAACAGCAACAAAGACUUAUGGGUGAUGCUACCAACCGAGAGGAAGAUCUUGCUGCAUCAGCAUACUCAAUAUCAAUGACAAUCAGACAGUUGUUGACCAAGGUUGAGAGAAUGGAAAGGGAGCGAGAGAUAUUGGUAAGCGAGAAUAAGAAGCUCAAGAAGGAUGUUGGUGAGCUAGAGACACUUGGCCAGAAGGCUACCAUCUCCAUUGGUCAGCUUAUGGAUGACACAUCUAGGUUGAGAAGCAGUAAGGAGUUGCUGUCCAAUCGAAAUGCACUGUUGCAACAAACAAACGAUAUCAUCCAGUCACAGCUGAAGACUCUACUCUCAUGCUGUUCACCGUCCACCCAUUGA